AUGGCUCCCACCGUAUUACUUGAUCUACCGGACGAACUCCUUCACAACAUCUUCCUCCACCUAGACGCAUCAUCGGCCGCCAACUUCGGACAAGGCUCGAAACGUCUAUACAAAAUCUCAGAUACCGUCUCACUAUGGCGACGCUGGUGCCGCGACGGCUGGCGCUACUGGGAAGAGCGCGAAGAGAGACCACACCCUGACCACAGUCUCCAACCGGCUACGCAAUGGAAGCAAGCAUACGCCGACAAGAUCACCCAAGACAAGAGUGUCUUGGGUAUCUUCAAUGAUCUUCUCAGCACUCAGCAAAAUCGGAUGGCACGCAUGCACGAUAUUGUCGAGAACUUCUCGUACGAUGCCAAAGACGUGCUAGUACGCCAGCUACACACGUCCGACGACGCCGACGACGUUCUUGCGCGCCGCUAUUGGAGCGGUGUUGUUCUCGGUUUACUACAUCGCUACAAGGCGGUACAGAUCUGGGAUAAAAUGCAGUGGCAGGACUAUCCGCCACUUGAAGACGCUUUGGGCGCAUUCGAUCUCUUCAUCCAAGGCAGUAGCAGCGACUUCGAGCUAUCCGUAUUGAAGAAAGAGCUCGACGAUCUAGCGCAUGACAUCGAAGCUUCAGAUUCUGAGUGGCGUGACAAAGACCACCUCGCAAAAGCAGUCGCAAUCUCGAGACAUAUGAGAGAGCAUAAUCUCUUGGGCUGCUCAGCCGAGACCUUCAGCCUUAUGCGUUACCGGUUCAUUACCCAUGUCUUGACACAUCCCGAUGAUAAGUCAUCUAUCCCUAUGCAAUCUGUCGUCAUCUUUUGCUGUGUGGCCCAACGACUCGGUGUGAAAGCUUGGCCUUGCAACUUCCCAGGCAAGAUACAUGCUGUCAUUGAACCGCCAUACGGCCCUUCAAUCAAAGAUACACGCGCUUCAUACACCACUCCCGAAGAUGUUGUUUGGAUGAAUCCUUUCGAUCAUGAUGAUAUCCUCUCAGGACAAGCAAUGCGAGACAUGCUACACCAAAUGCCGCACUACAGUACGCCGGAGAGUCAAUAUUCCUGCUUGACGCGAGCAUAUACCCGGGCGCUGGUGUUGAGAACUGGUGUUAACAUCAUUACAACCAUGCAGUUCCAUCGACCUUCGCCAGGCUGGGAGACACCAAACAUUGCAUUCUGCGCUUUGUGGAGUCUCAUCUCCAUGAGUCAGAGCGACGCGACAAAGAAUCGAGAGUAUUUGGCGCGCCAUCAGCAUUGGCUCAGUCAGAUAGUGAACUGGUUCGAAGGCUAUGUCCAGGACGGACUGUGGCUGGACGACGCGCUGCUCUUCGAGAAAUACAUUCUACCGCUUCUGAACGGUGUAGAGGAAAAGGCUAGGCUGGCACAGAUCUUGCAGCAAAUUCGAAUUGCAGACUCUAACGCCAACCCCAUCACGCCGCGGGAUGAGCGCACAAACUUGGUCAAGUACAAGGUUGGCCAGAUCUUCCGACAUGUACGUUAUGGCUAUGUGGGUGCAAUCAUUGGAUGGGAUCCUAGCUGUCAAGCAGGAGAAUUUUGGAUCCAGAGCAUGCGAGUGGAAGACCUUCCUCGAGGUCGUGAACAAAGCUUCUACCACAUAAUAUGCGAGGACGAAUCUCUACGCUACGUAGCUGAGGAAAACAUCAUGGUUUUGGAAGAAGAGCCGUCUGCCAAUUUGCUUGCGCUUGCUGGUCGUUACUUCAAGCGCUGGGACCAAGAAAACAAGGUCUUUGUCAGCAACAUCCAGGACGAGUAUCCUGACGAUUGA